AUGAUUGCCUCACAAACUGCUGGCCUUAGCUCGCUCUGGCGGUCUCGCACCCGAUUCUCGCCUCCUCCACGGUUGCCCACUUCGAUCCGCUGUGUCUCGAUUCAAUCUCGCACGACCUCAGACUCUCCCUUUCAUCGAUCUACACCACCCAGCGGCUCGACAUCCCAACUCUUGUACAAUGUCCCCUCUGGACGGUUCCCCUCUUCUGCGUCAUUCUCGACCUCUCCGCUCCUAUCCGAGUCGGAUUGGGACCAUAACCCGAACCUCUCAAUCUCCAACUUCUCCGAGCUUCCAUCCAAGGAUUUCGGAGUCAACCAACAUAUGGUCAUAAACCAAGAAUUCAAGGAGGCUCUCCGGCAGAUUCUUUGGCAAUUUCGGGCUCCUAUUCGUUAUGCAUUCGCCUAUGGAUCUGGCGUGUUUACACAGACGGGUGCACCCUCAACUGGCUCAACCCAUCCAUCGCCACCGACAGCCAUUCAGAAAAUGCAACAGGGAUCGGGGAAGAUGAUUGACUUUAUCUUCGGAGUUUCAUACUCACAACACUGGCAUGAUUUAAACCUCCACCAGCACCGUGACCAUUACUCGGGUCUCGGGUCGCUCGGAUCAUAUGUGGUUUCGCAAGUACAGGAUCGAUUUGGGGCAGGUGUAUAUUUCAACACUCAUAUCACAGUGAACGGAACCUUGAUAAAGUACGGUGUGGUGAACCUGGACACAUUAUGCACGGAUCUCCUACAAUGGAAUACUCUCUAUCUUGCUGGUCGCUUGCAUAAGCCAGUUAAGAUUCUCCGCGAUCACCCCAAGGUGCGACUGGCGAACCAGAUGAACUUGCUUUCUGCCUUACGGGUGGCAUUGCUACUGCUUCCCGAGCGAUUCAGCGAGUUUGAGCUCUACAGCACCAUCGCAGGCAUCAGCUACAUGGGCGACUUGCGGAUGGUGCUUCCAGCGGAAGACCCUGCCAAGGUACACAACAUUGUCUCCGGGCAAAUGGCGCAUUUCCGGCGGCUCUAUGCACCGCUCAUCAGCAAUCUCCCCAAUGUCACAUUCCGGGACCCUCGCUGCAGCCAGAACGAUUGGAUUGAUGAUCCCGAUUCCGUUUUGGCGAUGGAGCAGGACAUGGAUCCGGUGAAGCGCGGGAACAUGGUUCGCCGUCUUCCAGAAUCCUUCCGAGAGAAACUUUAUUUCCAGUACCAGUCCCGCUAUGCAAUCCCGCGGGCUGAGUUCAAUAAAAUGAUGGAGGAAAACUCCGAUACGAAGCAAGAGAUUGUCCGACGCCCCCAGGGUGGCCCGUUUGAACGCCGAAUUGCGGAUGACCCUCACCUUCAGGAGGAGGUCUCGAAAUCGAUCAUGAAGACUAUCCGCUGGCCCAGUACUGUUCAGACCAUCAAAGGGCCUUUAACUGCCGGCGUUAGCAAGAGCUGGACCUACUUGAAGGAGAAACGGGAGAAGCACAGAAAGGCGCAGACCCAGAAGGUCCAACCGGCCGAGAAGGCGCUGAAGCUCGAUAAGGCUGAGAAGACCGAGAAGGCUGAGCAGAAGAAGUCUUAA